AUGCCGUCACCUUCCUCUUCUCUCUCAACCGCGUCUCUCUCUACUGCUGACCAUGCUAUCUCUGUUCAUCCUAUCUCUCUCAAAUCGACAAACUCUCCUCCCUCUGCUUUUCUCAACCGCGCCACGCAACCUUCAAUCAAUGCCACAACCUCCACGAAAACCUUUCCUCAAACCCGAUCCUCACACUUUCGCCAUGGAAAUCCUAACUUCUUCAUCUCUUCCGCCAUUUCAAAAUCGUCCUCCAUUCUUUCUGAUCUGCGACCGGAGUAUCGCCCCCCUUCUUGCGUUGUUGACGAGUUAGGGUGGACAUUAGGUGAAGAUGAAGAUAAGGGUAGGGAAUGGAGAGAUGAAGGGAAGUGGGAUGUAGUGGAAGAGAUAAGUUUACUACUAGUUGUUUUGGUUUUGUGGUGUGUUUGGCGGAAACAGGAAGGGAGUACUCGGCUGAGCAGUGAUAUGAAGAUAAUAUUCAGAAAAAUGAAUUCUCUGAAGCAAACAACAGAUAACAAUGCAUAUCAGGUCAAGUUGAAGCUCAAAGAUAAAAUACUCAAAAUGGUGGAGUUGUAUUACCUGAAAGAAAUACCAGUUGCUUCACUUGACUUGACAGGUUUUUGGCAUCUUGCAGCAGGGUUGAUUUGGACCUCAAAGAUAGGGACAAGGCAAGAUUUUAGAGCAGCAAAUAGCAGUAGUUUGGACUUGUGUGGACAGCAAUAA